AUGAAACAGUUCCGCGCCCAGCGCAACUCGUACUUGGCCUUCUUCGCUCUAUUCUUAUUAAUUGUGCUGUGGCGGUUCUACCUUCUCUCCAAACAGGUGAUCAAAGCCGAGGCUAUUGGCAAGCAGGCUAGUGGGCAGGGCAAACAGAUUGAGAAAUUCAUGGACGCUGCGGCGAAAGGAGAGAAGGACUCCAAGGAGCUUGUCAAUGUCAAGAAAG